AUGGUGUGCAUUCAAUCACUUGAAUCAAAAAUUGUUAUUUCAAGGUGCAAAAAUUUCUCCACCUGUCGUGCGAGUAUAAAACUGUGUUCUCGCUACUUUUCAUCAUCAGUAUCCCGAUCAGAAGCUAAAAAGCGGCGGCAUGAUUUAUUCGAAGCGGAAAAAAAGUCGCAGCGAUCAGCAGUAGGCCGUAUAGAAAAAAUAAAAGUUCUGUACAACACCCACGAAGACGAGGUGACAAUGCUGAUGAACAAAAACCUGUCCACCCCUCAUGACUGUGCCAAGCACAUUUCAGAAGGAGUCGCAAAUCUGUCAGCACUUGCUCUAGUCGACGGUGUUCCUUGGGACAUGCACCGUCCCCUUCCAGGACCAUGUGAGCUGAAACUUUCGACCAUGAAAACGCCCCUGGUCCCGGCUGUCAACAACGCUUUCUGGCGCACUUGCUCAUUCAUGUUGGGCGCUGUGAUUGACAACGCCUUCAAUGACGAGGUCACCUGCCACUUGCACAGUUUCACCGCUCCGAACAUUAGAUCCGGCAGCUUCGUCUACGACGCGCAGCUCGACUUGCCGAAUUGGACACCAACAGCUUCAGAAAUGCGGGUGCUGUCCAGCGAAUUCACAAAAUUUAUUCAGCAGGAGCUGCCUAUCGACCGGCUGGAAGUCAACGAAGCUCUGGCCUUGGAGAUGUUCCAGGACAAUCCGUUUAAAAGCAAGCAGAUCCCGGACAUUGCUGAGAGGAGCAACCAGAAAGUCACUCUCUAUAGAAUGGGACAGCAUGUGGACAUCAGCAAGGGACCCAUGGUUGCCAAUUCCGGUAUUGUUGGUCGGUUUACGAUGACCGCUAUUCAUAAAAUUCAGAAAGAAGGCCUCGAAAUGUUCCGGUUCCAGGGAAUCGCCUUGCCCAAAGGCAUCCUGGUAAACCAUGUCAUGUACGGGCUGCUGGAAAAACGGGCUCAGAAACUCAACGAUAUCACCUGGAUGCCGAGGAUAACCGAACAGGAGCACGAUGAACAUAUUAAAGUUGCUGCUAAAAAUUGA